AUGCACUCAAGCGAGAACAGCACACCUAACAGCAGUACGGACAGUCCGUUCAAGUUGAAGGUACGCAUCAUCAGAAAGCAUUCGAGGCUGAUAAUCUUGCAGACACCAAAAGUCACGCCGCCAGAAAUCACUGCGAUAGAUGUGUGGUUCCACGGGGAAUUGAGCGAACACGACGCCAAUCAUCUGCUCCAGGUUUGUGUGCUUUAUCGGAGCGCAAGAUUGAAUGCUUUUCCAGAACACAACUGCAGGCGCUUUUCUUGUCAGACAGACAAGUCCGACUCGGUUCUAUCUCUCAAUUGUGGACUCUGAUGGUUACCCAAAGCACAUGCCGUUUGUUGACUCUCUUCAUUAAAAAAAAUUUAUAAUUAAUUCUAUUCAGAAUCCGGCUACUCACUUCUCCUCAUUAUAUGUUCGAAGGUAAACGAUACGAUACUCUACGAGACGUCGUCGACGACUACAAACCGGCAGUUUACCCAAUCGGAAAAGGCGAAAUGACGUCUUUGAAAAGAGUGAGCAAAUAUUUUUACUUAUUCCCUUUCAAGCUGAAACUAUUGAAGAUUAUGAAUAACGAGUUUUUCUUGUGUAUGAAAAGUUUCGAAGGAACGGAAAUUGACGAAAUGAGUGCAGAAGUGGGUGACGUGCUGACGCUCUGCGAUUCAAAUGAGCCCGGUUGGAUGAUCGGAAAGAACGAAACCAACGAAUCCUCAGGGAUCAUUCGAAGUUCGCACGUGGAGCCAUUGGUCUAAACCUCCCAUACGCGUCUUCAGUAGUCGGAUCUUUUCAGAUAACUGUCGUGGACGAUAUCACCGAACUGCCUUAUUUCUACGAUUCAGUUUCAUCUGAAAUGGUGCUCUACAGUCCGAUAGGUACUUUUUCGUAGUUGGAAAUAGUUUGUUUUCUAAUGGAUCAAAGGAGUUACAGGAACCUUUCUGCUCCGUCGCUCUUCAAAAGGAGCGGACACGUAUGCCCUUCUUGUCAAGACACAGUUCGAUGUAAUCGAAAAGUUCCUGAUAGUCGGAUCUCCCGCAAAAGGCUUCAACUUGGCCGGCCGUCCAUUCCCGACUAUCGGACACGUAUUAACAAGGUAUUGCGUCCUUCGUCAAGCAGCUGUUCAGAUCAAGUUCCUUGCAGAUACUGCAAUCGGGCGAUAGCUGGAAGAGUGCGUCUGACGCAUGCAGUCUGCAUAAAACAAAAUAGAAAACCUUCGAGCUGUCGCUCAAUUGCUGACGGUCGGUGGGCGGCGCCGAUGAGUAGCAGUCAAUAUGAAGACGUGAAAGAGAAGACGAAAGAGGUGAGAGUAUCAAUCAAGCGUGAAGACGUUUCCAUAAGGCAAGAACCUCCGCGCAGCUCUCAAUUGUUUCCCCCUUUCCGGACGCAAAUAUAUCGUUAAACUUUUAUUAUGCGAGAGACGGAAAAGCGAUCACAGCCGCCGCCAAUCAAUCGGCGUUUCAGCAUGGUCUUCUCCCGAUUUGUGAGUUUCCACCUGUUGGAGCAUAUUAGCCAAACGAGCACAUUCCAAGAAAUCCCAUUAUUGGCGGCUUUUCGUCAAAUUGGUUCUUGUUAGAUUAACUGCCAAACUGAAUCAAAACUGCCUUACGCUUCUGGAUUAUUCUCUCUUUUGCUGCCUUUUCCGAAAAUUAGUCAUCACUAAAAAUCGCGUUUUUCCACAAAGAAGAGUAAUGACGAAACCCGUUGACAUUUUGAUCUGUUUCCCCUCUCAUUUGUCUUCUUCUUCUUCUUCUUCUCGGUUUCCCCUCUUCUCCGUUCGAAAAUCCGACUGAAAAGAGAGACUGGCUCCUUGAAAAGAAAUGAGCUCGUUGUUUGAGCAAGCGAACCGCCCGUCGCGUCGGGGAUCUCUCUUAUUGUCCUUUCCAAUGUAGAAAUGGGGCUUGUGCAAUUUCGCAGUUCAUUUUGUCUUUGGAAUGAUUCCAAAAGGCUUUCUCUAUUGCAAGGUCUUGCAAGGGAAGCAUACUGUAGAGAACAAAAAAAACGAAGGAGUCAACAAUUUGACCUACCUGACCUGCGGAUGACCUAGACAGGGACUCAGAGGUCAACUGAACAACUCUGUUUAGUCAUUUAAAACUUUUUUUUCAUUUUUUCCCGCACUUCACUCUGACGUUCCUAGUUAAUCAAGACUUUUCAAAAAAAGAGACAGAACUCAUGCACGACGAGAUUAAUACUAUAAGGAACCUAUAAUUUUGAAUAGAGCCGCAGAGGAUAGAAUUAAAAGUGGUUUAUGCGUUUUUUUUUUCGAUAAAUGUCCUAUUAUUUCGUCGCCGAUGGUUGGUCUGUUUGUUGCGAGAAUUUUAAAAAACCAACUCAGUCUUUGAUGAUGACUGAUAUAAUGUCACGUGGCGACGUGACCUUGUUGAUUGCAGAAGAGCAGACGGAUGUUUCGUGGCGCUUCGAUCGACACUGCUCUCGCUUCUUCGUCUUUUCUGACGAACAGCUCCAUGCCGUCCCCUUCGAACACUUUCUCCACCGGAAUACCCGAACAUUUUGUACCCCUUUUCUCUAACUUCAAUUCAAAUUCAAAAAUUUUUAAGCAGGAUCGUUUCACUGACGACGACAGCCACGAUCAUCUGGAAACGAGUAGAACGGCCGUCGCGUCGACAGUCGCCCUCCGAAAAUGUCAGUUUUGUGCGCCGUUAAUUAUUUUUUUACUGUAGAAAGAAAUUGAAGAAUGUAAUAUUUCAGCACGAGAAGAAAAACAAUGGAAAGACUGUUGGCUGACACUUUCCGAUUUGCCCGGAGGAUUCAGUCAACUUUCCGUUUCCGAUUCAAUAGUAAUUUUUCGUUGUUCUCGUUGCUUUUUUUUAAUUGCUUGUGUUCCCAGGGUUCGAAGCUCCGCCAACAGGUCGAUUUGUCUGCGUGCACCAUGUUCUGGCUCGACGAAUCCGUGUUUUCCGUCGACGGUUGUCUCUUUCUCUCGUCCUUUACCCAACAACCUGCACUUUUUCUCUGUUUUCGACCCUUUACAACGUUUUUGAAAUGGGUCCGAAUGCUCAGGUUUGUUUAGACUAUCGGUGAAGAAAACGUUGAAUAAAAACUUGCAGAAGUCGGACAAUCUAUCAAGAUGUUCCCCCGGCAUUGAUUCAAGGAUCAGUGUCCUUCAUCGAUCCGAACUCGCAAGUCUCUCUUCUUUCCGUCGAAAUCGAUAAGUUUCGUUCGGAAACGUUUAAGCAGGACAUGAUGUACUCUGCGAAUGUGCUUCUCAAUGGAGUCAAAGUCGCCUCAUCGAGCUCAUUCGCUCCCACUGGAAAUCGGAGUGCCAACGAACUUCCCGUAGUCGUCAUUGAUUCGAAGUUCAUUGUUCCGUGAGUCUUUUCAAAAAACGAGGCUGGCCGAAAGGGCCUUUUGAAGCGUCUCUCGCUUCUAAAGGAGAAGGCGAAGGCGCCUCGAAAUAAAAAGGCGUUUAUCGCCUCCGCCUCUACUUAUUUAGUAAAGACGACGAAUUUCACCUCAGGUCACGGGAAAUAUUGUCACGCAAAUAAUGAGAAUCAACGGUUUCCAAUGCAUUUUUAGAAUUUUUAUGACUUUAGAAAUGAAAAGUUGAAAAAACGUUUUACGCCAAAGGCGACGGACGCGGGUGACGGGCCCCGUCGCCCUCUCCAUCAGAGGCGAGUGUCGCCCACGCCUCUAUUUCGACGCGACCCUCUGCCACCCUACAUAAAACUUCUUUCAGCAAACGGUCCGUUUUUCAGAUCCAUUCCAACGUGCACUUCGAAUGUGCAACUAUCAAUCAUCGGGCAUUCAUCCACCGGAAAGAAGGGCCGCCCGUGCGGAGUGUCCGUUUCCGUAUGCUUGCACGAGUGGAAUGAGAUUGUCAACCAGAAUCCGAGUGACUCCGGAUUCGUGUUCCGCGUUCAACGAAUACAAUCCCCCGUGCUCUCGAUCGAACGGUAUCGGUCUCUUCUGGAAGCAAUGAGGUAGGUGUGCACAGGCAUUUAAAAUAGAAAACAGUAAUUAAAAUGAGUUCAGGGAGUCACCGAGUGCGCUGUUCAGUUGGCCGUCCCAAGUGCUUCCGCAGCAUCUGAAAGUGUUCAUGUACUCGUGCGUUUCUCAUCUCUACGCACUCAACCCCAACUACUUCAGCCCGCUUAUCAGGUAAGCAUCUCCUCCGGCGGUUCCCUUCUCAGUGUUUUUCGUGUUCAGAUGUGUGAUCAGAGACGUUCUCGCAACAUCCACUCCGGAAGACGUUUUUCGAAAGGAUUCUCUGGCCACUGGAAUCAUAACGCAGUGUCUUCGGCAUCUGUUCAAAACGCCAUUCGACGAGUUUCUACAGGAAAAUUCCGCGUUUUCUCAAGCCAUAAAACAACAAACGAACCUCGACGCGGCGGUCGAACUUCUCGUGAGCUUCGUUGAUCAGAGAUUAAUGACCAUUCCUCUGGCCACUCGCCUCCUGGUUAUUGCAUCCGAGUGCGCGCAGGAGCGAUUCGGAGACGAACCGCACCUCGUGAAGAGAACUUUGAGUGCUCUCCUCAUACUCCGAGUUCUCAAUCCCAUAAUAUUCUCAACCCUCAACACUGGAAUCGGCAGUCAAAUUGCGAAAUCUGUGCAGAUUUGCGCCAAUUUGGCUGCUUCGCAGUCAACAAGCGAUUCCCUUUCACCGGCUGCAGUCACGAUUCGCAGAAUAUUCGACAGAAUGAUCAUUCUAGUUGAGCAGGUGCAUUACUGAUCAAGUCCAUGCGCUAAUUUACUUUGUUCCAGAAGCAGAUAGAAUUUGACGACGAAUCUCUUCCAGAAGUAGACGUUCACACCGAAUGGCUGUCUUGGUUGGCAUAUCUCAUCGGCCAUUCGCUCACUUUGCGCACUUCUGUCACGGCGGCUCCACUCUCCACGAUGACAUCUGAAGAGAUGCACUCGCGGAUGCCACUCGCCGUUCUGGAGCUCGUCCGACUGCACCAGUAA